AUACCGGACUAGACGCUCCUUUUGUCGGAUUCGUUUCGACCUGACUCCCCGGGGUUUACGGCUGAAAAAAACACACUUUGAAAGUCCCGAAAUCAGCCAAACGACCACAGUGGUGUGCAGUAAUAACCCGGGUUUCUGUGUGAAGCAGCAGAGGCGGCAGGGGGCGGAGUCUUCUCCGUCAGUUGCUGCACAAUGAACGGCAGCAGCAGCGUCUCCGCGGCUCAGAGCGCCAGGAUCAAGGCUGAACCAGAUGACUGGAGUAAGGAGGACUGCCUGACUCUGCUGGAGAGGAUUCGUAGUCUGCUGCCAGACGCAGACGCCAUGAAGUACAAAACCACCGAGUCGCACUUUGACUGGGAGAAAGUCUGUUUCGGCAGCUUCACCGGAGACAUGUGCCGCCAGAAGUGGCAGAAAGUCUCAUGUGAGGUCCGAAAGUACCGAACAAUGACGGAGCUCAUUGUGGACGCCAUCGAGUUCGUAAAGAACCCGUACAAAGGCAAGAAACUGAAGACUCAUCCAGAUUUCCCAAAGAAGCCGCUGACUCCGUACUUUCGAUUCUUCAUGGAGAAACGAGCCAAAUACGCCAAAAUCCACCCUGAGAUGAGCAACCUGGACCUGACCAAGAUCCUGUCCAAGAAGUACAAGGAGCUGCCCGACAAGAAGAAGCAAAAGUACAUCACAGAGUUCCAGAGAGAGAAAGAAGAGUUUGAGAAGAACAUGGCUCGAUUCAAGGAGGAGCAUCCGGAGCUGAUCGAGGAGAGGAAGAAGUCGGAUCUGCCGGAGAAACCCAAAACUCCUCAGCAGCUGUGGUACAAUCACGAGAAGAAGACCUACAUGAAGCUGCACCCUGAGGUGAGUCAGAAGGAGCUGAAGGAGGCUCUGAGGAGACAGUGGUCCCAACUGUCCGACAAGAGGAGGCUCAAGUGGAUCAGCAAGGCCCUGGAGCUGCAGAAAGACUAUGAGGACAGCAUGAGAGCGUAUCACGAAGCUCAUCCAGACGUGAACUCAGACGACCACGUUCGCUCCGUCCUCACCAAAGCUGAGAGACAGCUGAAGGACAAGUUCGAUGGACGACCGACGAAACCGCCGCCUAACGGAUACUCUCUGUACUGCGCCGAGCUGAUGGUGAACAUGAAGGACGUCCCGAGCACCGAGCGCAUGGUGCUCUGCAGCAAACAGUGGAAAAUGAUGACGCAGAAAGAGAAGGACAUGUUUCAGAAGCGCUGCGAGCAGAAAAAGAAGCAGUACGACGUGGACCUGCAGAGGUUCCUGGAGAGUCUUCCAGAAGAGGAGCGAGACCGAGUCCUGACGGAGGAGAAACUGGGCGGAGCCAAACUGUCUGUGGGCGUGGCCUCCAGCCCACACAGAGCCAAGUCUCCGUCUGUUAAGGAGCGCUGUCGGGAGGCGGAGCCAGAGCCGUGGGUACCUGCCGGGCUGCCGAAGGAGAGGCGGGACGGGAAGAAGACGGCAAAGCUCCCAGAAACACCGAAAACAGCCGAAGAGAUGUGGCAGCACAGCGUGAUCGGAGACUACCUGGCGAAAUACAGAAGCGACCGCAGGAAGGCGCAGGCGGCGAUGGAGGCGGCCUGGAAGUCGAUGGAGAAGAAGGAGAAGAUUCCUUGGAUAAAGAAGGCGGCGGAGGACCAGAAGCGUUACGAGGUUCAGUACCGGCCUGUGAGGGAGCUGUUGGAGAUGAGGACUCCUGCGGCAGGUCAGAGGAAGCCCAAGUUUGAUGGAGAACCAAAGAAACCUCCAGUGAGCGGCUACCAGAUGUUCUCGCAGGAGCUGCUGACCAACGGCGAGCUGAACCACUUCAGCCUGAAGGAGCGGAUGGUGGAGAUCGGGAAGCGCUGGCAGAAGCUCAGCCAGAGUCAGAAGGACAAAUACAAGAAGCUGGUGGAGGAGCAGCAGGUGGAGUACAAGGCCGAGCUGGAGGCCUGGGUCAAGGUGAGCUGCUGCUGUCGCCAUGGCAACCACAGGUCUGCACAGCCAGACGCAUCACCUGCAGAGAAGGCCUCAGCGCAGGUCUGUUAGCAUGUUGAAAAAGCAAAGAUCAACUCAGGAAUGAAAACCUUCAGUUUGGUCAACAGGUGACAGGUGUUACACAAACCCAGCUGCAGGGGUUCUGAUAGGACAUUUGUCUAAAUGUCAAAGAACUCGAGGAACAUUUCCAGGAUGGUUCCUUUCAGUCUGUUUCCAUCACAGAGCCAAACAUGACCCGAACAAACUGCGGUCUGUGGAUGGAACUCCAGUUGUAUGUAGGAAACAGAACCACAGACGUUUGUUCUGUCAGGAUCUGUUUGAAUCAUCAGUGUUCUUGAAAGGUUCUUCAGAAACCUCUGAGGAACCGUUUUCAUUCCACAUUAACCAUUUGGUUGAUAAAACUUUAUAGAAUAGUGAGAAAUGUCUGUCACGGUUUGACAAAUGUCUAGCUGUCUGACCAACAGUCCAGAACCCAAAAUAUUAAAUACGAUCCAAUGGAAGGAACCCAGAAAUGCUGCACAAUCUUUGAUUUGAUUUAUUUGCCUAAAAUUAAACAAUAAUAAAGUCCUGUUACCACAGUAGGAGCAGGGAGAUCCACACAGAGCUGUCUGGAAACGGUUCCUUAAAGAACCGAUUUUUGCUCACAUCUUAGGAAGAAACCACGUUGUGAUGGUUCUUGAGAUGCCGUUGUUUGUGGAACUACAGCUGUUUCUUCUGUGGCGUCCACAGUAAUUUACCAAAUAGCAAACAAAACUGUAAAAAAUAGUUUAAAUUGAUCUACUGAUGGGCUGCAGGUGGCUCAGUGGUUAGCAUC